AUGGUCACGAGAGCCGACAAGGGUCAGACCACUGUUGUCAUGGAUAAAAAAGAUUACUUUGAUAAAAUGGAUCUGCUGCUGAAUGACCAAACUACAUACAAAACUUUGAACAAAGAUCCUCUGAAAAAAUUGACGGAUAAAAUGAACGAGCUAGUAAAAUCAUGGCGAAAAAACAAUUUGAUCAGUGAAUUGACAUAUAGAAAUUUAAACUGUACGAACGGUAAUUUACCGCGAUGUUACGGUCUGCCGAAGAUCCACAAAGACGGUUUUUCAUUGAGAAUCAUUGUAUCUGCUUUGGGAAGCCCCGUAUACAACGUUUCGAGUUACAUCCACAACAUUUUGUAUAAAUCGAUAAAGAAACCAAAUUCAUUUAUUAAAGAUGGUUGGUCCUUUGUCCAGAAUAUUAAGAAUACAGUCAUUAAUGAAGAUAACAUUAUGAUUUCGUUGGAUGUGACUUCGUUAUUUACAAACGUUCCAAAGGAGUUGGUUGAAAAUGCCAUUAAAAAGCGCUGGGACGACAUUGCAAAAAAUACUAAAUUCAACUUAUCUCAAUUCUUAUUUGCAAUUGACUUGAUUUUAGACUCUACUUGCUUCUCCUUUAACGGACGUUUUUACGAACAGAUCUUCAGCACACCUAUGGGCUCUCCACUUUCACCUAUCUUGGCAGAUAUGGUGAUGGACGAUCUGGAGACACAAUGUUUAAACUCACUGAAUUUCGCCGUUCCCAUGUAUUAUAGAUAUGUAGACGAUGUUUUUACUAUUGUACCACGCACAAAAAUUGACGACAUUUUAACCAGUUUUAAUAACUAUCACAAACGUUUAAGAUUCACAUACGAGAAAGAAAUUGAUUCUUUUAUUAGUUUUCUCAAUGUUAAAAUCAUUCGGUUGGGAACAAAACUCAUCACUAAUUGGUUUAGGAAACCUACGUGGUCCGGUAGAUAUAUUAAUUUUUACUCGAAUCACCCGUUAAAAUAUAAGAUUAAUACUAUUUAUAAUUUAGUUGACCACGCCUUUUUACUAUCUGAUGACUGCUUCAAACAUGAGAAUAUUAAGUUAGUAUACGAUACGUUACUUAAUAAUUGUUUUCCUGAACACAUUAUUCAUAGACACAUUCGAAAAAGAAUCAAUUUUUUAAACAACUGUGACCGCAACAAUACUGUUGACAUCAACUCUACUCAUCCAGACAAAACUCAUUUUAUCUCUAUACCAUACGUAGAGAAUACUAGUCAAGAUCUCUACCGUCUUCUACGUUGA